AUGGUUCGUGAUCUCAAGAACAGUGUUCUGAAAAGUCAAUGGACCAAUGAUCCCAAUAACACAUUCGAGAGUUACUUUAUUGAUCGUGGUAAUAGGACGGAUGAAUACUUAUGCUCGAUACCCAGCGGCUUAAUCGAUUCGAUCGAGGAGAAAGAGCUUACGUCCUCGCUGGAGCAGGUGGAUGCGGUAAACGACGCCAGGUUACUUGCCACGGCAAUUGACAUAAUCGAAAAGUCUUUUCCUACAGACGAGUGUGUCUUCGCAUAUGAUCUUCGUGGUCUUUAUUGGACCUAUGCCUACUGCUUUGCUGAUAAGGUGAUCCAGUACCAUGAAGCAGUACCACCCGCCGAGAGACGGAAGCGUCAUUUGGCAGCCAACCCAAACCAGGUUUAUCUCUUGGGACGCUUCACCGAUGCGACAUCAAAUAGCAUCAAAAUUGGGAACCAAGCCACACAAAAGCAUAAAGAGAAAUACGUCACCCAGGGUAAGAGUACCUUCACGCUCGGUGACGAUAUAGCAUCCCCUUUCCAUCACCGCUCAACACAUCAGGUUGUACAGCAGCAGAUGCAACCUGGCUCCUAUUGCGAAGAGAUUAAUGGACAACGGUCGGUGGAGAUAAUCUAUAAAUGUGACCCGGAUGCCCAUGGCUUUUCCCAACCCCAAAUCAUUGACGUCCCAGAACUUACGACAUGUCUGUAUAAAAUGGUUAUCCAUGUACCCGACCUUUGUUCACUAGAGCAAUUUGCUCCUCUUAGAAGCAUACGGGAUUCACUGGUUGAACUAGCUUGUCAACUAGUGGACGAAGAGAGAGCUGGUGAGGAAGAGGAACCACCACGUCCUUUUGAGUCUUACACUUCAAAUGUCCGGCUCAGGGAUCACGAUAACUUCCCAGUUAGAGGAGAUAACAAAAUUUCAGUGGAUGAGCAUUCAUUGAUGUCCUUAGGGUAUGGGUUUUAUCUCGCAAAGAGCAAGGUGGGAUACACAUCCACUAGUUCCUUCUAUAACAACAGGAAUAUUGUGAUUCACAAUGGGUUUGCAGACCUGUUGGAAGACUUGGGCAACCAAAUUGGCCGUACACUCUACAAUGCUGUUGGAAGAACACUUCUUGCGCCAUAUUUCGAGGAGAACGAUCAAAAACGUCUCAGCUGGUCAGAUUCUUUCACGAUUUGGCUAGAGGUAUACGAUUUUUUUGGGAACUUCAAAGCGUUGAUUAGAACUGUCAGAGACGGGUCGAAUACCAAAAAGAGUCUUCUGUUACAAGUGAUCGAUCCUGUUACUAUGAUUGACAUUGACGGCGAUUCACCAGAGGACUUGGCCUUUGAUCUGCCUGAAUAUGAGGCACCACAUAAUCUCUGGAAUUACCAGUAUUUCAGUAGAGGUGAGGUGGGUCAAAGGAAACAAAAGGCCAUCAACAACCCUGGCGUCAAGACGGUCACGGAAAAAGAGGUUGUCACAGUUACAGUUCCUUCGCAGGACGAAGAACAGGCAGCUACCGAAGGUGCUGAGCAUCUUGUCGAGCUCUCAGAUGAACAAGAUCCAAUGCCCUUAUACAUUAACGAGGAAAACAUCAAGGAGAUUAUAGGUAAUCCCGAGGAUGGCGCAGUUGACAUUGUGGUCGACGUUGACGGAGCAGAAGAAACGUACCGUGUCGAUCUUCAAUAG